CGCCAGGCCGCCCGGCUCCGCCUUCCGCGGCGCUGCGCUCCCGCGGGCCCGAGCAGCAGGAGGUGUGUGUCCGAAACGUGGAUGUUCAGGAUAACAUGUCCAAUGUGUCGGAAGAAAGAAGCACUAGACAACAGGACAUUAAGAAAGGACUUCAGUUUAUAGAAUCUACUUUGCCCUACCCAGGGACACAAGAACAAUAUGAGCUAUUUAUACGAGAACUUGUUAGAAAUCUUUUUAAUGAAGGGAAUGAUGUAUAUCGAGAAGGUGAUUGGAGAGGCUCGCUGAAUCACUAUUCAGAAGCUAUAAACAUAGCAGAUUAUGCUAAUUCUGAAGAAAUCCAUGUGUCUGAUGAUAUUUUAGAGAAGCUACAUGUAAACAGGAUAGCAUGUUUUUCAAAUAUGGGACUGCAUGAAAAGGUUCUAGAAGACUGUGAGAUAGCAUUAAGGUUAAAUGAAAAUAAUUUUAGAGCGCUCUAUCGGAAAGCAAAAGCACUGAACGAGCUGGGAAGGUAUAAGACAGCUUACGAUGCUGUAGCAAAAUGUUCUCUUGCUGUGCCACAGGAUGAAAGUGUGAUUAAGCUUACUCAAGAACUAGCUCAAAAAUUAGGAUUAAAAAUAAGGAAAGCAUAUGUAAGAGCAAAGCCGCCCUCGAAUUCUGUUUCUAGUGAUGUAUCAACUCAGAAUUCUUCUUCUGUAGAAGAUAUUGAGUUAGAUUUAUCUGACCAGAAGCAAGAUACGGUUUCUUCUGCUUCUUCAUCAGCCUUUGUUUCUGAAUUGUCUAAAGUGGCAUCAGUACCCAUAUCAUCUUUAUCUUCUGUUAUGUCUCUUCAAGCGGAAAAAGCUGCUUUGCCUUCUGCAACGUUGGCAAACGGAGGAAAUGUUUCUUUCUCUAUGCCAGAAGCAUGUUUAGAUUGUGGAGAUGGAGAUAUAAUUAUUGGUGAAGAACUUGAUGAAUUACUUGAUUCUGUGCCUGAUCCAGAUGAAAGCAUAAUGCAAACUACAGGUGCCAGGGGUCCUAUCCCUGCAGGAAGUGUGGCUCCCAGCGUGCCCUUCUCUGCUUCUCUGCUGGGGACGUUGCCCGUCAGUACAGGAUUUGUUCCUACUCCCUCUCUUUCAGAGAUCUUUUCACAGCCUUUGGCUUCUUCACUGGAAAAUUUCUGUUCGCCAUUAAGCACCUUUUCAAUCAGUGACCCAAAAAGAGACCUUUCAAGUUCAGCUUCUAGAGAUGGAACACCAACACUUAGCAGCAAUAACUCUCCAUUGUUUAUAAAUGGCCCUAGUAGUUUGUUUGGGUCUGAAAAUUACAUGGGAAUUUCAGGUCAAACUAGAAAUGACUUCUCAAAUGUUUUUAGCAGUGCAACUGCUAAUAUACCUGUAUCUUCAGCACUUGCGGGAAGAAACCCGUUAGAAGGCACACAUGAGCUAAGACAGGCCUGCCAGUUAUGUUUUGUCAAAAAAGGUCCUAAAUUACUGGAUUACGCUUACCACCCUAAUUUAGAACAUAAAUGUAAGAAGGAUAUUCUAAUUGGUAGAAUAAAAAAUUCUGAAGAUAAAUCAUGGAAAAAAAUACGUCCAAGACCAACAAAAACACAGUAUGUGGGACCAUAUUAUAUAUGUAAAGACGUUGCUGCUGAAGAGGAAUGUCGAUAUCCAGGGCACUGCACGUUUGCCUAUUGCCAAGAGGAGAUAGAUGUGUGGACACUGGAGCGCAAAGGAGCUUUUAGUCGAGAAGCUCUUUUUGGAGGAAAUGGGAAGAUCAACUUCACCGUGUCACGACUUCUUCAAGAACAUCAUGGAUUCUUUAUGUUUCUUUGUGAGAAAUGUUUUGAUCAUAAACCCAGAAUAAUAAGCAAAAGGAACAAGGAUAAUUCAUCUUCUUGUUCUCACCCUGCUAUGCAUGACUUCGAAGAUAACAAGUGCCUUGUCCACAUUUUGCGAGAAACUAUGGUGAAGUAUUCCAAAAUUCGCCCUUUUCAAGUUCGGUGUCAACUUGACCUGUGCAGACAUGAGGUACACUAUGGCUGCUUACGAGAGGAUAAAUGCUUUUAUGCUCACAGUCUGGUAGAGCUUAAAGUCUGGAUAAUGCAAAAAGAAACAGGUAUUUCACAUGAUACUAUUGUUCAAGAAUCAAAGAAAUAUUGGCAGAACAUGGAAGCUAGUGCACAUGGGUCACAGAUCCUUGGGAAUCAAAUGAAAUAUGGAUCACUUAAUUUGAAGAUGAAGUUUGUUUGUGGUCAGUGCUGGAGGAAUGGUCAAGUUAAUGAGCCAGACAGAAACAAAAAAUACUGCAGUGCAAAGGCAAGACACCCGUGGACCAAAGAUCGCCGUGUGGUGCUUGUAAUGUCUAACGAGAGGAAGAAGUGGAUGACCAUUCGUCCCCUUCCUGCAAAGAAACAAGUGCCUCUGCAAUUUGAUUUGUGCAAUCAUAUUGCUUCAGGCAAGAAAUGUCAGUAUGAUGGAAACUGCUCAUUUGCUCACAGUCCUGAGGAGAGAGAGAUGUGGACGUAUAUGAAGGAGAAUAGCAUUCAAGACUUGGAGCAGUUGUAUGACAUAUGGCUAAAAAGUCAAAAACCAGAAAAAGGAGAUGAUACAGCUGCUCAGGCAAAUAAGGAAAAUGGGAAGCAAAUUCACAUGCCAACUGACUAUGCUGAAGUAACAGUGGAUUUCCACUGUUGGAUGUGUGGGAAGAACUGUAAUAGUGAGAAACAGUGGCAGGGUCACAUUUCUUCUGAAAAGCAUAAAGAGAAGGUUUUCCACACAGAAGAUGAUCAGAACUGCUGGCAGUAUCGCUUUCCAACUGGAUGUUUUAGUAUUUGUGAUAGAUAUAUGGCUGGUACUUGCACUGAGGGAAACAACUGUAAAUUUGCCCAUGGAAAUGCUGAACUCCAUGAGUGGGAAGAACGAAGACAAGUUUUAAGAAUGAAGCUCAGCAAAGCAAGAAAAGACCACUUGAUUGCUCCCAGUGAUAAUGACUUUGGAAAAUAUAGUUUUUUGUUUAAAGGUUUAGACUAAUACCGAGAUGAUAUAUACAUGUUACCAGCUGGAAGCAUAAACCAGAAAAAUUGACAAUAAUCAAAAGCAUGUGACAGAAAAGCUGCAGGUUUUCUGCUUUUAUUGGCAUAUAUUGUUCCUCCUGAACAGCAAAAUAUAGUAGAUUUAGGGGAAUUGAGUGGACCUGUCUGUGCUGUCAUGAAACAGAGCGGUGAAUAAAAAAAAUCUGAAGUAUUAUGUGCUUUCUCACCUCCUGUUGGACAGAAAGUUAGGGAAUAGAAGGGGGAGAGAGGUUGUAAUGUCUAGGAAGCCCCCUAGUGUCAGUCCUUCAGCUGAAAAACUUUACGGUAUCAAGGUAUUACAAAGCAGAGUGUUACGGGCUAAGAAAAUGAUGGAUGAAUAUUCUUCAGAUCUUUUAAUGGAGACGAUUUGUUUAAAACAAAGUUUGCUACUUAUCUAUAUGUAGGUUGCUAAAAAAGGAUUUUCUUAUUAAAGAUUUUAAACAAAAUAACCAUUUAACUACAAUAUAUGUUGAAUGGGUAUUUUUUCUCUAUUUGUAUGUUUCAAUAUAAUUUACUGAAAAAGGAUCUUGGGAGGAAAAACGUAUUCAUUUUUGAAAAUGAAGUAGUUAAAAUUGUUUCUUGGUCUUUGCUGUUUAAAUGAUGAUUUUGAAAGAUUACACUUGUAUGUCAGUAUUGUGUAUUAUUGUAUGGACUAAUGUUGCCUGUAAUAAAGAGAACUUUACACAAA